AUGGAUUAUGAGGCGAAGGUUUUCCCCCACACUGGCGGCUAUGGACGCUACAACCGAAUCGUGGUCUUCUUCAGCUGGUUCCCCAACUUUGCGGUCAUGCUGAAUCUGUUUAGCGACGUUUUUUACACUCUUAUCCCGGACUCGUACCACUGUAAACCCGACCCGCAGCUUCUGCCCUCAGCCUUCCUCCUCAGCAACUUCUCCAGGCAGGGAUACCUCAACCUCACCAUCCCCUGGGUGAACGGCACCGGCCGGAGCCACUGUGAACUUUUUAAGUAUCCAGCCAACACCUCGGAGUUUUCCGAAAAUGUGCCCAGGGAGAGGGUGUCCUGCACUAAAGGGUGGGAGUACACCCAAAUAGCGGGGCUCCACAGCAACUUUGUAACUGAGUGGAACCUGGUUUGCAGCGACUACUGGAAAAUCCCUUUGCAACACAUCUGCUUCAUGACAGGAUGGAUUCUGGGAUACGUUUUACUCGGUUCCUUAUGUGACUGGUUAGGUCGGCGGCGGGGUUUCCUCCUCUCCAUCAGUCUGUCCAGCCUGUUAGGAGUGGCGGUGUGUUUGUCUAACAGUGCCGUGGUAUUUCUCCUGCUGCGCCUCGCUCAAGGCACCAUGCUUGCUGGGGUGUUUGUAUCAUCGUACAUCACCAGGUUGGAGCUUUGUGACCCUCCCCAUCGUCUCAUGGUUGCUAUGGUCAGCAGCUUCUUCACAGUGUUUGCAGAGCUGCUGUUGCCGGGCAUCGCUGUUCUGUGCCGCGAUUGGCCUGUUCUCCAGGCCGUUGCCACUUUACCUCUGCUCCUGCUGCUUUCUUAUUGGUGCUGUGCGUCAGUGUUUCCUGAGUCUCCUCGCUGGCUGCUGGCCACAGCUCAGAUCCCUCAGGUGAAGAGGAGCCUCCAGGAAUUCUCAACCAGGAAUGGUGUGUGUCUGCGGGAUGAAAUCUACCCUGGUGAAACCCUGCUGUCAGAGAUCAGUUCAGCAUACGGAGAAGACUGCCAGCCGAGGUAUCAUUCGGUUUUGGAGCUGCGUCGGACUCGUGUUAUCUGGAAGAACUGCCUCAUCCUCAGUUUCACUCUGUUUAUUGGAACAGGGGUCCAGUACUGUUUCACCAGAAACCUGCACAGUUAUUCUACCAACUUCUACUUCAGCUACUUUCUCAGAGUGAUAACCGGAGCGUUGGCCUGCAUCUUCAUCUGCCUGUCUGUCAAUCGCUUUGGUCGGCGUGGUAUGCUUCUGCUCUCUGCCAUCAUCACUGGACUGUCAUCGCUGCUGCUGCUGGCCCUCACUCAGUACCUGCGUGGAGGCCUGGUGUUGGUGCUUUCUGUUGUGGGUCUGCUGUCCUCUCAGGCUCUCGCUAUGCUCAGUAUGUUCUUCGCCUGUGAGGUGAUGCCCACUGUAGUGCGAGGUGGUUGCCUGGGCCUGGUGCUGGCAGCAGGGUGUGUUGGCAUGGCCGCCUCCUCCCUGAUGGAGCUCCAAAACAACGGCGGAUACUUCCUACACCAUGUCAUCUUCGCCUCUUUCGCUGUGCUCUCUGUGCUAAGUAUCAUGCUCCUGCCUGAAAGUAAACGCAAGCCGCUCCCAGACUCACUGAAGGAGGGUGAGAGCCAGCGCCGGCCACCUCUCUUCCUGUCCCAGCCUGGCAGGGACAACCUGCCACUACUCUGCACCCGGCCCCCUUUGUCGGAGUACAACCCUGAUAACUAUUCCCGCUUGGUCUCUGCCACCAGGAGGAUGUUGACUAAAGAUACUUUGCCCUAUAGGAUUGCUGUGCCAACCCACACUGCUCUGCUGUCAGAUAGUGAAUCACAGGGACGAGAGAAUGAGACACUAAGAGAAGUUAUGUCUUAACUAUAAGAUCUUUCUCAUCCUCCACUGUACAGACUUGGAUUAUACUUCCGUCUUAUACCUCUGACAGACCGUUUACCAUUAUCCCUGAAUGAAUUAUUGUCUGAGUCACUGGCUGGUCAUAACUAUGAACCAGCCUUGGCUUGGAUGCAGUGCACUUUAGAGCAAUGGCUCCGAGUCGAUAUGUCAGUGUCUGGGUGCUAUAUUUAACACUUGAAAGAUGGUUUCAGAUUAUUUUUGUCAUGUCUUUUCAAGUGUCAGAAAAUGUGGCCUUCUGUUUUUGUUGCAUUUUAUUUGUCAUCAAACCAUACUGAGUGCCAGAAAAAUCCACCUGAACUGUCUGUUCUGUCUGCUUGACUUUGACCUCACCCUUAUUUUUAGUUGUGGUCAAACUGUUUAUGUGUGUGGAGGCAUUCAAACCAAAUUGUCAGACACCAGUUUUCAACAGAGAGGCUUGCUCGACCAUGCGACUGCUGUUGAUCAUGUGAGCAGCAGCACUUUGUCCAUUUGUUAGUAACUCAUGCACUUUUCAUUAAGUCCGUCCACCACUGAUUCACCAAUGUCUCAGAGCUGAGAGGAGCCUAGGGAGCACUAGGACACACCCGGCCGUCGUUUCCCAAAAACAUCUAAAGGCUAAGAUGAUUUUAUUGUAGAUCUACAUUGAAGAUAAUCUCUGCUCUAAGAUGCUUUGGGGAAACUGGGCCCAGUUCAAACUGCUGUUGUGGAGUCUUUUGAUUCUUGUCGAGCACACAAUAGGGCGCCAAAUGAAGCACUGGUCACUGAAAACUAUGAGGAUAUUCCUCUAAUAUUUUAACUGCCUUUUUGAACCACUAACAAGCCUAUCAAAUAUUUCACACGUUUGGGUGUUGGGCGGUGACCUGUGUGAGAGAUUAAAACCAGAUACCAACCAGAUGCCAAUGAACAAGUUUAUACACUCUAUUAACCACUUUGUGAGGCUACUGUAACUUAAAUAGGUGCUAUUUUUAAAUCACUGGAACACUGGAAGUAGUUAAUGAAUUUUCAAAUGUACUCCUCUGUCUUGUGAUUAUGACGAAUCGUUACCUCGGAGGAGAUUCUUGAAUAACAAGAAGUUAUGUUAGUAGAACAUGUCAUAAUGCCACUGUUUCAAUGCCUCAGAAUUGAAUAGGACUAAUCUUAAUUGAAGGGCAUAUUCUCACAAUGAUUGCUUUAAAGCUCCAUAUAUAUGAUAUAACUCACAUUUAUUUUGAAACACUACAGUGAGUGCUUUUUGCCUCUCAAUGUCUCUACAUCUUGUUAAGCCAAUGUAAUUAUUACACCACUGUUACUGAAAGGAUUUUGUACUGUUCAAGGUUGUCUUUUGUGUUUGUGUGUGUAUAAUAUGAUAUAAAAACACACCACUUGACUGGCCUCUGGGAGAUGUCGUUGUGUAAUACUUCACUGUAUAUUCACUGGCAGUCUGGAUUGAUCAUUUUAACUUCAGUGGGAAAACACUGAUGCUUUUGUAUGAAUUGAGGGUUUCCUUACCAUUUAAUUAAAAAAAAAAGUUAAAUGGUUUAUACAUUUGCCUAACAAGGUAACUUAAUACCAAAUAUAAUACCAAAUCCAGUCAAAGUUUCUUACCUCUGAAAUUCCAAUUGGUCUGUAAAUUUAAUUUAAAACAUGAAAAUCUCCUUUAUUGGAUGU